AAAAAACGUUUUACGUGAAUAAAGGGAUGGAAUACACUGAGGACAAUGACAACAAAAAAUUCUGGCAUCGCAAGCAAUGUUCAAGCCGUGUCUUCAUUGGGCCUUGGGACAUUAAUAUGCCACCUCCACCGGAACAAUUCCUUCCUCACUUGGUAGAAAGUAUACCUUCAAUCGAUUCCGAUUCUAGUCUGAAAUUGCUAAACUACAACACAUUUUCAAGUGAAACUUCACCACCGACCAAAGACGAGUCGCAUAAUAUUGGUACACCCUUAUCUGAUGGGACCAGUUUUAUCACUGCACGUUCCAGUAAUACCAAUUCUACAGGGUUUAAAAGCGCAGACACUACACCCCAUUUUUUGGAGCAAAUAGUAAACAAUGACGAUGAAGAUGACGAAAUUGAUUAUCAAUUUUUAGCGGAUGCGCCUGUUCAACCAUUGAUAUCCACUGACACCGAUGCAGAAUCUAUCAAAACUGUUCGACCUUCCAAAGGUAAACUACCAAUUAGGCCGAGUACAACUACCACAGCUUUAUCUACCCCAAUUGUCAAUACAUUUACCAAAAAGAAAAAGCGAAAGGUUCGUAGACCCGGUAAGAAGCCUUUACUUUGGAAAAAAUCUGGAUCUGUCUUUAUAUCCACCGACGUUACACGGGAACCAGCUUCAGUUCCGACUGACAAACCUUUAAAACAUGAACCUAUUUUAUGCAUGCGGUCUGUCACCGAGUAUACUGGCACUGAACCAUCUACAUAUAGGGCCGAAAAAGAUGCUAGAUUCGAUCUUUUAAAUGAGGAAUGGAAACAAAUGGAACUGGUCUUGACAAAUAAAUGUUUAUCCACCUACUGUUCUUCGACCUUAUUUUGGCCAUUGCAGAAAUUAGAGCAUCGCGUAUAUCUUCAGGGAAGCAAAAAACAGAACCGCUUGGAGCUAUUUUUAUUCUCACCCUUAGAUUACACCUUUUGCUUACGUUAUGUAUACACUCCCGCUAGAACUCCGAUGAUUGUAACAAUGACAUUUAAAGCCAGGUCAUUUUUGAAAUGUCAAGAAUGGUAUAUGAAAAUAUACGAUUUGCUACCAGAUGAAUGUAAACGCCCAUGUCCUAAUUGGUGUGAAGUAUAUAUACCCUUGCUGGAUCUCUCUGUAAAUCUACCCUUGACAAAUGUUAAGCAUUACAACGAAAUUACCUUGGAAGAUGUAAAGGACGCAGUUGUCACAGUUUUAGAGGAAGAUGAUGGCGAUAUGGAAUCGUUGAAGAAGAUGGAGAAAUGGACUUCAACAGAUGAGUUAGGUUUAUGUUGGGCUACAGAGGAUAGAGCAGAAUGGGUUUACUGGACCACAUGUUCAUCCGAUGAACAUGAACGUAUUGACUGGGUAAUAUGUCCACAGAGUAUUGAGCAAACACAUCGACUAGAAUUAAGACCUAUUCAACAUACCCCUCAUGAUAUCAUUUUGCAAGAAAAUUUUACAUUAAAGGAACCGCCACCUGUUGAAGGAUUUCUCACCUCAGUUACGGAUUUUCAUGGUCGUAUGGCUGCUAUAUAUACGGGAAAAACAAAUUACUAUGCUACUUUUGAUCAGUUUCUAUUUUAUACGCCAACACUCAAAGUAUCUCCACCUGACAGUGCUAGUUUUAUUGAUGAAAACUUGUUACCGAGAAAUAUCAGGAUUAUGCCUUACAUAUCUGGGAUUUCACCUUACACACAAUCUUCCACAAAAAAAACAGAAACGCAAGAAAUUAAACGUCGCAUGGAUUUAAUGAUAGAGGCUAAAGGUGUUAUUGAUUUAACUGAAGUAUCAUACGUAAGACGCUCAUUUUCAAAUGAUCUUGGUGAAGAACGUGAGCAAAGUCAUAGUCAUAUUAGCUUGGGAAAGAGAUCCAGUCGAUCACCCAUGAUUCAACCAGAAGAACAACAAACACUUUUCCACCCGAAAUCACAUCACAAUCAGGCAUGUUUGGAACUAAUAAUGGAAAAUGGUUUACAAAUUAAAUUUGAGGCUUAUACAAGUGAUACUUGCGACUCGUGGGUCAAGUAUUUGGCACAGAUCAUUGUGUAUUGGAAAGCUCGAAAAGAGGCUGAGAAAGAUGCUCAUACACAUGAUAGGUUUUCCAAUAAUAAUAUUAGUUCAACUGACACGGAAGAUACGUUGAUUAAGGACAAUGGUCAGAUUGACACAAAAAAAGGAUGUGUGCAUCGACAUCAAGAGAUGAUAGCAGAUACACGUAUAUGGAGCUAUUGUCUUUAUGAACAAUGCCGAGAUGUGGUGGUAUAUUAAUUUACUUAUCUUAUAUAGAAAUGAAAGCAAUCUAAUCCAAUUGUGUGUAGAAAUCCGGAAUUCUGUAUUACAAACCACAUCACAGAGGAACUUACUCACAAAAGAUGUUUAUUUUGACAGCAAAUGGCUGGAUUUUAUUUUUCGAUGUGUUCAACAGAUCAACGAAAAGAAAGAUAUCCAAUCAUGAACGCAAAGGAUCGUUGGAUAUUGCUGGAUGCUACUUUUAUUCUGGUGUCGACAGUAGCAAAAAAAAUAAAGGAUCCAACCGAGACAAUUUAUGGAAAAAAUCAGCACGUAUAUAUGAAUCAGGGUUA